AUGUUCCAUACCUAUUUAGAGAAAGAGCUAUUAGAGAAAGAGAUGCCAGAAGGAAACAGUGUCUCCAUGAUAACAAAGUUGCCUCCUCUGCAAGAUGAUGGACCGUCUAGUGAUAACUAUGGACGGUUCUCUAGCAGAGACAGGAUGCCUAGAGGAGGAGGAGGAGGUUCUAGAGGGUCAAGAUUUGGCGGUAGAGGAGGUUCAUCACGAGGACGUGAUAGUUGGGGAGGUGAUGAUAACAGAAGAGGUAGAAGCAGUGGUGGUGGAGGAAGCAGCUGGUCACGUGGUGGUGGUGGUUCCAGGGGAAGUUCUGAUGAUUGGUUGAUUGGCGGUGGUAGUGAUAGAAGAUCAUCAUCAAGCAGCAGAGCUCCUUCCCGGGAGAGGAGUUUUGGAGGUGCUUGCUUCAAUUGUGAAAGUUCAGGACACAUGGCAGCAGAUUGUCCUGACAAGAGAGGGUUUUAA